CUUGGAGUGAACAGAGAUGCUGAUGCUGCGGAAAUCAAGAAAGUUUUCAGAAAGCUGAGUAUCAAGAAUCACCCCGACAAGGGAGGGGAUGCCAAGAAAUUCCAACAGAUUCAGCGAGCAUACGAAGUGCUCUCAGACGAGGAGCUGAGGAUGGUGUAUGACCAUGCGGGCCACGAGGGUCUUGAUCAGCACGAAAAGGGACAGAAUGCUCCAGUGAGUCCGUUCGAUGCCUUCUUCGGGGGGGGACAGCGCGGGGUAAAUCGAGGCCCAGACGCCAAGGUAGACAUGCACGUGUCCCUGGAGGACAUGUACAACGGCAACGACGUGUCCAUGUCCAUCAAGAGGCGUGUCGUGUGCAGAAAUUGCAAGGGCAGGCAAAACUGGAGGAAGGAACAUUGCAAGGACUGUGGGGAAUGCCCUCCUGAAGUCAAGAUGGUGCAGCAGCAGGUUGCACCAGGCUUCGUCGUGCAGCAGCAGCAACAAGUGCCGUCAGAGCAUCGUUGCAAGAAUGAGCCCAAGGAGCUGAAGAUGACUGUAGAAAAAGGAGCGCCGGACGGCUAUGAGGUGAAGUUCAAAGGAGCCAGCGAGCAGAGUCCUGGACAAGUUCCUGGCGAUGUGAUAGUGUCGCUGAGACAGAAGGACCACAGCGUGUUCAAGAGGAAGGGGAAUGACCUUCACAUGACCAUGGAAAUCACACUUAAGGAGGCCCUUGUCGGGUUCUCAAGAACUGUGAAGCAGUUGGAUGGUCGUGAUAUCAUUGUGGAGGAGACUGGAGUCACGGGCCCAUAUUCGACUAAAGUGAUCAAGGGUGAGGGAAUGCCUAUCCAUGGGUUUCCAUCUGAGACUGGCGACCUGAAAAUACAAAUGAAGGUGAAGAUUUUGACUCUUUUGUAG